ACAGAUAUAACAUAUUUAAACAUACAUAUACACAACACAAUGGGAAAGACAAAGGAAGAAAACUUGGAAGAUGUUGGAGAGACUAUCCCUGAUGAGGUGGCAAAGGAUGGCGCUGCGGCCGAAACAAAGACAAUGUCGAUCGAUGAGAUUGAUGCCCAGGUGGACAAUGGCAAGGCCAACCCAAACACGAUGACCUCCAUGAUGAAGAACAUGAAGAUCGGCACGGAUCUCACGUCGAUGAACUUCCCCGGCGGCUGGAUCAUGCCGCGCUCCGCACUCACCUUCUUUGCCGAGCACUGUCUGGCCUACUUUGACCUGCUGGUCAAGUGCAACGACAUCAGCGACCCGCUCGAGAGAAUGUUGCAGGUCUACCGCUACAUUAUGUCCACGCGUUGGAUCCCCAAGGAGGUGGGCAAGAAGCCCCUCAACCCAGUGCUGGGCGAGACACACACUGCCAAAGCCACGUACGACAACAACCCGGGCACAGUCACCUCGUUCUGCGAGCAGAUCUCCCAUCACCCACCACUGUCGGCCAACGUCGUCCACGACAAGACCAACGGCAUCUACGGCUGGUUCUGCUCGCCAAUGAAGCCAAGCUUCAUGGGCACCUACAUCAAGUUGACGAUCGAUGGCUGCUUCCAUAUCCGUCUCGAGAAGUUCAACGAGACCUACACCACCACCCUUCCAUCCCUUGCCUUCCGUAUAUUCAGAGCUUUCGGAGAGUUCAUUGGUACCUCUACACUAUCAUGUGACAAGCAUCCAUAUACCCUCAAGACCACCUUCCUUCCAAAGCCACUGCUGAUUGGAUCACAUAAUGUGAUUGAGGCAACAGUGUUCAAUGGCAAGGAUAAAUUGUAUAAACUAAAGGGUCACUGGGACGCCGAGAUCAAGAUAUCUGCACAUAAGAAGGACAAGUAUGAGUUCUUCUUUGACAAGAACAAGUUGUCCAAGUGCAAUAUUGCACCAGUGCCAGAGACAGAGGUGUUGCCCACCGACUCCAAUCUGGUGUGGGCUGGCGUCAUCGAGGGUGCCAAGUCAAGCACGCCCGCCAAGUCCAUCACACGCGAGAAGACCAAGGUCGAGGAGGAGCAGAGAAAGAUCGCACUGGACAGGAAGGAGAAGGGUAUCGUAUGGGCACCAGCUCACUUCACCCAGAAGGAUGGUGUCUGGACGCACAACGAUUAUAUA